GAACAGGGCAUUCACUUCCGGUCUGGGGCCUGCGGCGGCGGCGGUGGCGGCGGCGGCGGCGGCAGCGGGUCGGUGUAGAAAAUGGCGCUGGUGCAGCGGCUCGGGCCUCUCCCCGCGGCGCUGCGGAGGGCUUGAGGCUCGCGAGCCUCACUCGCCGCGCCCCACUUGCUCGUGCACUUUACACACAUGAGAGAAUUGGAAGCUAAAGCUACCAAAGACGUAGAAAGGAAUCUUAGCAGAUGAAGACUUUGAGGCACAAAGAGGUUAAGUAACUUUCAGGAGUCCACGUCACUGGUAUUGGAGGAGCUGUCAGGCUUCAGAUCAUAUUGUAUCGUCUCUUACUAGAGGCAUGGUUCUUCAUCUUGAAAAAUUUGAAAAUAUCUUUGAGGAGGCAGAACCCACAGGGAUUUAGUGCAAGAAGAAGAACAGUUGAUGGAAGAAAAGAAAAAGAAAAAAGACGACAAGAAAAAGAAGGAAGCUGCUCAAAAGAAGGCCACUGAACAAAAAAUCAAAGUGCCAGAACAGAUAAAGCCCAGUGUAAGCCAGCCUCAGCCUGCCAACUCUAAUAACGGCACUUCCACAGCAACCAGCACUAAUAAUAAUGCCAAGCGAGCCACAGCCAACAAUCCGCAGCAGCAGCAGCAGCAGCAGCAGCCACAGCCGCCACAGCAGCCACAGCCGCCACAGCCGCCACAGCAGCCGCCACAGCAGCCGCCGCAGCCAGCACAGGCCUUGCCUCGGUAUCCGCGAGAAGUACCACCACGAUUUCGCCACCAGGAGCACAAACAGCUUCUAAAGAGGGGUCAGCAUUUUCCUGUCAUAGCAGCAAACCUGGGAUCUGCUGUUAAAGUGUUAAGCAGCCAGUCAGAAAGCAGUGCUUUAACAAAUCAACAGCCACAAAAUAACGGAGAGGUGCAGAACAGCAAAAACCAGUCAGAUAUAAACCACAACACUUCAGGAUCCCAUUAUGAAAAUUCGCAGCGGGGACCUGUGUCUUCUCCGAGUGACUCUAGCACAAAUUGUAAGAAUGCUGUUGUAAACGACUCCCCUGAAAAAGAAGCAUGGCCCUCAACCCCUGGCAGUGAUCCAGAGUUGGCUUCAGAAUGUAUGGAUGCUGAUUCUGCCUCCAGUUCUGAAUCAGAGAGAAACAUCACUAUCAUGGCUUCAGGGAGCACCGGUGGUGAAAAAGAUGGCCUUCGGAAUAGCACUGGACUCGGUUCCCAAAGCAAGUUUGUGGUUGGGAGCAGCAGCAAUAAUGUGGGCCAUGGAAGUAGUACUGGGCCAUGGGGUUUUUCCCACGGAGCCAUAAUAAGCACAUGUCAGGUCUCUGUGGAUGCUCCUGAAAGCAAAUCAGAAAGCAGCAACAAUAGAAUGAAUGCUUGGGGCACUGUAAGUUCUUCAUCAAAUGGAGGGUUAAAUCCAAGCACUUUGAAUUCAGCUAGCAACCAUGGUGCCUGGCCAGUAUUAGACAACAAUGGACUUGCCCUCAAAGGGCCUGUAGGGAGCGGUAGUUCUGGCAUCAAUAUUCAGUGCAGUACCAUAGGCCAGAUGCCUAACAAUCAGAGUAUUAACUCUAAAGUGGGUGGUUCUUCCACCCAUGGUACCUGGGGAAGCCUUCAGGAAACUUGUGAAUCUGAAGUAAGUGGUACACAGAAGGUUUCAUUCAGUGGUCAACCUCAGAAUAUUACCACUGAGAUGACUGGACCAAAUAACACUACUAACUUUAUGACCUCUAGUUUACCAAACUCCGGUUCAGUACAGAAUAAUGAACUGCCUAGUAAUACAGGGGCCUGGCGUGUGAGCACAAUGAAUCAUCCUCAGAUACAGGCUCCGUCGGUUAUGAAUGGCACUUCCCUUUCUCACCUUAGCAAUGGAGAGCCAAAAAGUGGAGGCUCUUACGGUACUACGUGGGGUGCCUAUGGUUCUAAUUACUCUGGAGACAAAUGUUCGAGCCCUAACGGCCAAGCUAAUGGUGACACUGUGAAUGCAACUCUAAUGCAGCCUGGCAUAAAUGGGCCUAUGGGCACUAACUUUCAAGUGAACACAAAUAAAGGAGGAGGCGUGUGGGAGCCUGGGGCAGCGAAUUCCCAGAGUGCAUCAUGGGGAAGUGGAAACGGCGCAAAUUCUGGAGGAAGUCGACGAGGAUGGGGAACUCCUGCACAAAACACUGGCACUAAUAUACCCAGCGUGGAGUGGAGCAAACUGCCUAGCAAUCAGCAUUCCAAUGACAGUGCAAAUGGCAAUGGUAAGAAGUUUACAAACGGAUGGAAAUCUACUGAGGAAGAAGAUCAGGGUUCUGCCACAUCUCAGACAAAUGAGCAGAACAGCGUGUGGGCCAAAACAGGAGGUACAGUGGAGAGUGAAGGUAGUACAGAAAGCACUGGACGCCUUGAGGAGAAAGCAACUGGGGAAAAUCAGAGUAGAGAUAGGAGAAAAAUUGAUCAGCACACAUUACUCCAAAGCAUCGUAAACAGAACUGACUUGGAUCCACGUGUCCUCUCCAACUCCGGUUGGGGACAGACUCCUAUUAAGCAGAAUACUGCCUGGGAUACGGAAACAUCACCUAGAGGGGAAAGAAAGACUGACAAUGGGACAGAGGCCUGGGGAAGCUCUGCAACACAGACUUUUAACUCAGGGGCAUGUAUAGAUAAGACUAGCCCUACUAGUAAUGAUACCUCAUCUGUAUCGGGGUGGGGAGAUCCCAAACCUGCUCUGAGGUGGGGAGAUUCCAAAGGCUCAAGCUGCCAGGGGGGAUGGGAAGAUGACUCUGCUGCUACAGGAAUGGUCAAGAGCAAUCAGUGGGGGAACAACAAAGAAGAGAAGUCCGCAUGGAAUGAUUCGCAAAAGAGCAAACAGGGAUGGGGUGAUGGACAAAAAUCAAACCAAGGGUGGUCCGUUUCUGCUGGUGAUAACUGGGGGGAAACUUCAAGGAGUAACCAUUGGGGUGAGGCUAAUAAGAAAUCUAGCUCAGGAGGUAGUGACAGUGACAGAUCCGUUUCCGGUUGGAACGAACUUGGUAAAACUAGUUCCUUUACUUGGGGAAAUAACAUAAAUCCAAAUAAUUCAUCAGGAUGGGAUGAAUCUUCUAAACCUAACGCUUCCCAGGGAUGGGGAGAUCCUCCAAAGUCUAAUCAGUCUCUAGGUUGGGGAGAUUCGUCAAAGCCAGUCAGUUCUCCAGACUGGAACAAGCCACAAGACAUUGUCGGGUCUUGGGGAAUCCCACCAGCUACAGGCAAACCUCCUGGUACAGGCUGGCUGGGAGGGCCUAUACCAGCCCCAACGAAAGAAGAAGAGCCCACAGGCUGGGAGGAACCAUCCCCAGAAUCCAUACGUCGCAAAAUGGAGAUUGACGACGGAACUUCAGCUUGGGGAGAUCCGAGCAAAUACAACUACAAAAAUGUGAACAUGUGGAACAAAAACGUCCCAAAUGGCAGCAGCCGUUCAGACCAGCAAGCACAGGUACACCCGUUGCUACCGCCUGCAAGUGCCAUCUCCAACAAAGAGGCGGGCAGUGGCUCUGGCUGGGGUGAGCCCUGGGGGGAGCCUUCUACUCCAGCCACAACUGUGGAUAAUGGUACUUCAGCAUGGGGUAAGCCCAUAGACAGUGGUCCCAGCUGGGGGGAGCCCAUUGCUGCAGCAUCCAACACAUCCACGUGGGGCUCCAGCUCUGUUGGUCCUCAAGCAUUAAGCAAAUCCGGGCCAAAAUCUAUGCAAGAUGGCUGGUGUGGUGAUGAUAUGCCAUUGCCUGGAAAUCGCCCCACUGGCUGGGAAGAGGAAGAGGAUGUAGAGAUUGGAAUGUGGAAUAGUAAUUCAUCUCAAGAGCUUAACUCAUCUUUAAAUUGGCCACCAUAUACAAAGAAAAUGUCAUCGAAGGGUCUGAGUGGCAAAAAAAGGAGAAGGGAAAGGGGAACCAUGAAAGGUGGAAACAAACAAGAAGAAGCAUGGAUAAAUCCAUUCGUUAAACAGUUUUCAAAUAUCAGUUUUUCGAGGGACUCGCCAGAAGAAAAUGUACAGAGCAAUAAGAUGGAUCUUUCCGGAGGAAUGUUACAGGACAAACGAAUGGAAAUAGAUAAACAUAGCCUAAAUAUUGGUGAUUACAAUCGAACGGUCGGGAAAGGCCCUGGUUCUCGGCCUCAGAUUUCCAAAGAGUCUUCCAUGGAGCGCAGCCCUUACUUUGAUAAGAAUGGCAAUCCCAGUAUGUUUGGUGUUGGAAACACAGCAGCACAACCCCGGGGCAUGCAGCAGCCUCCAGCACAACCUCUUAGUUCAUCUCAGCCGAAUCUCCGUGCUCAAGUGCCUCCUCCAUUACUCUCCCCUCAGGUUCCAGUUUCAUUGCUGAAGUAUGCACCAAACAACGGUGGCCUGAAUCCGCUCUUUGGCCCUCAACAGGUAGCCAUGCUGAACCAGCUAUCCCAACUAAACCAGCUUUCUCAGAUCUCCCAGUUACAGCGAUUGUUAGCGCAGCAGCAAAGGGCCCAGAGUCAGAGAAGCGUGCCUUCUGGGAACCGGCAACAGCAAGACCAGCAGGGUCGACCUCUUAGCGUGCAGCAGCAAAUGAUGCAGCAGUCCCGGCAACUCGAUCCCAGCCUGUUGGUGAAGCAGCAGACCCCGCCAUCUCAGCAGCAGCCACUCCAUCAGCCAGCCAUGAAAUCUUUCCUCGAGAAUGUCAUGCCCCACACUACACCCGAGCUGCAAAAAGGGCCAUCACCAAUAAACGCUUUCAGCAACUUCCCGAUAGGCUUGAACUCAAACUUGAAUGUAAAUAUGGAUAUGAACAGUAUUAAAGAGCCACAGUCAAGACUAAGGAAGUGGACUACAGUGGACAGCAUUUCUGUGAACACAUCUUUGGAUCAAAACUCCAGCAAACAUGGUGCUAUUUCAAGUGGUUUCAGGCUGGAAGAGUCUCCAUUUGUUCCCUAUGACUUUAUGAACAGCAGUACUUCUCCAGCCAGCCCUCCGGGUUCAAUAGGAGACGGCUGGCCACGUGCCAAAUCGCCUAACGGCUCUAGCAGUGUUAACUGGCCACCAGAAUUUCGCCCUGGUGAACCAUGGAAAGGUUAUCCAAACAUUGACCCUGAAACUGACCCUUACGUCACUCCUGGCAGUGUCAUAAACAAUCUUUCAAUUAAUACUGUGCGGGAAGUUGACCACCUCAGGGACAGGAACAGUGGGUCAUCCUCAUCCUUGAACACCACGCUGCCUUCAACUAGUGCCUGGUCAUCCAUUCGUGCCUCCAACUACAACGUUCCCCUCAGCAGUACAGCACAAAGCACUUCAGCCAGAAAUAGUGAUUCCAAAUUGACAUGGUCUCCUGGUUCAGUUACAAACACCUCUCUGGCUCAUGAGCUGUGGAAGGUCCCUUUACCACCUAAAAACAUCACUGCUCCGUCCCGCCCACCUCCGGGACUGACUGGUCAGAAGCCACCCUUGUCUACGUGGGAUAACUCUCCCCUUCGUGUAGGUGGAGGAUGGGGAAAUUCUGACUCCAGGUACACCCCAGGUUCCAGCUGGGGUGAGAGCAGCUCAGGGAGAAUAACAAAUUGGCUUGUUCUAAAGAACCUUACACCUCAGAUCGAUGGCUCAACUCUGCGUACUCUGUGCAUGCAGCAUGGUCCACUGAUAACAUUCCACCUGAACCUCCCACAUGGAAAUGCUUUGGUCCGUUACAGUUCAAAAGAAGAGGUAGUGAAGGCACAAAAGUCUCUGCACAUGUGUGUAUUGGGGAACACUACUAUUCUUGCUGAGUUUGCCAGUGAAGAGGAGAUCAGCCGUUUCUUUGCACAAAGUCAGUCUCUGACCCCUUCUCCCGGCUGGCAGUCUCUCGGGUCCAGCCAGAGCCGGCUGGGCUCCCUCGACUGUUCCCACUCGUUCUCCAGCCGGACCGAUCUCAAUCACUGGAAUGGUGCUGGGCUGUCGGGAACUAACUGUGGAGACCUUCACGGCACUUCACUCUGGGGGACCCCACAUUAUUCCACAAGCCUGUGGGGUCCUCCCAGCAGCAGCGACCCCCGGGGAAUUAGCAGCCCAUCCCCCAUUAAUGCUUUUCUUUCUGUUGACCACCUGGGUGGGGGUGGAGAGUCCAUGUAAUGUGUAGGUGUUGACUCACGAACUGUGACCUCAAGAAGCGAAAGAAAGGAGCACUAAGUUGGGCUCGCCGCCUGCAGCCAGGGGCCACCUGUGGGAACAGCUCUUCUCUGCACAUUUUCCACUUUGUUUUCCCUGAAACAUAUCAGUUUGAAUACUUGAAUCAUGCAGGCCAAUAUUAUAAUGUGAAAAGGUAUCUAUCUAUUUACACUCCCAAAUAGCGCCAUACAUGCUAAACCGUAUAGAAUGAGCUCACUUGUGUAUAUUCAUCAUGUUUAGCCUUUGGGUUCUUUUUUUUCCUCCCCACCCCUUCCCCCCUUUCCCCCUUCCCUUCCCUGUUCUCCUCCCCAUCCCUCACCCCUUGUUUUCCUUUUUUUUCCCCUCUCUUUUUUUUCUUCCUUUUUUUGCAAAACCAUUUUUUUGGGCUGAUAAUGUAUGAGCUUUUAACUUUGCACUGAAUGAUGUUCUCUCGUCUAAUCGGCAAUAUGGGGGGGCAGCUGUUCCAGUGUAAAUGUUUACUCAAGGAUGUUCUUAAAGGUGUGCGCUCCCUACUAUGCCUUGAUGUUUGCCUACCUUACUGUGGUGUCGUGGAGUUUAAAAGACCGAGUUCUGAUGCUGACUUAGGACUAUAAAUGAAAGUAUUGCACCAGUGUUUUCAUGUUCUAAAACUAAAGAAUUUCGCUCUGCAGUUUGAAAAACUGUGGCCACAGCUGUGACUUGCAGCCCCCCUGCCACCCAGGACGGGCCCUGCACUUUGAAUAGGCUUUCCAUUUUGUUUUGAAGGUUCCCACGGUGAACCUUCUUGUUUACAGAUUUUUUUGUUUGUUUUUUGAGAAAAAAAAAAUGUUUACUCUUCCAUCAUUUAAAAAAAAUUUAAAAGACAAAAAAAAAAAAAAAAAACCAAUGGAGGAUGAUUUACAAGAUGCUUUCUAUCUCUGGGAAAAAGGAGCAGCAUUUGGCCAUGUUCUUUUGUUUUCUAUUCCUGUCCUAAAUCCAAGAGCAUGGUUCUCAGGAAAACCAGUUCCCCAGUUAGGAAAAAAAAAUUUUAAAAAUAAAAAAAUAAAAAAAAAAAUCUCCUUGUAGUUUCUUAUAGGAAAAAACAAAACCCCAACUUUUAGCACUGAUACUACGUAUUGCUCUGUUAAAGAAUUUUCUCUGCCAAAAAAAAAGAAAAAGAAAAAAACAAAAAAAACCCGCUUAAAGCUGGAGUUGACAUUCUGCUUUCAGAUGCUGUCUUUUUAUUAGUGAGUGAUGAUGGUUUGCUAAUAAUCAAUAGGUGAUAAUUUUUUGUAACCCCAUCAAGUGGCUCUCUCUGUUUCUGCUUUCCUGUGACUGUGUUAACGUUGAACUGUUGUACCUUAAAGCCGAAAUCAGUAACUAUGCAUACUGUAGCCAAAAUAUUGGGCUUACAGAAUUGUUCGUUGUAUAAAGAAAAUUUUAAAUGUCGUUGGAAACUAACGAGUUACACCAUUUUUAAACUUACUUUCUCCUCGCCCCUUUUUUUGCCCACAAAUGGUAUUAUAAUGCUUGCUUAGUCAAAGAAGACGGGCCAAACAAGGGUAAACAUUUUAACAGCGCAGAAUUUGCCAUCAUUUCAUUGCCUUGAUCUGUUUGUGUCCUAAUAUGCAGAAGAAGUCAGUGGCUUUUAACUGUUUACAAAUAGAAUGUGAUUGUAAAAUGUACAGUUUGGUUGUGUUUGAAUUAUGAAAUCCCUCCCGAUAUAAUAAACCAUGACUUUUUGGCUGCUCAACAUUAAUUGUCUCUUUUUUGUGAAUUUCUUUGUACGCUCUUUUUUACAAUGAACGUUUCAACGUUGCUGUAUAUGAGGGUCCUCAUAGAGCAACCGAGUACAAAUCUAAGCAAAUAUUUGAACAUUCUAUCCGAACUUCUCCACAAUUUCACCCUGAAAUAAUGUGAGAACAAUGGGAAACUGUAGCUUGCUCCUUCCUGCCCGCUCUGAGCGUCUUUGGGAUCUUGUUGCUCAAAGCUCGCCUGUGACUUCAUCUGCCCCACCAUUUGUGCCCAUCUCAAGCCUCAGCAAGAGACCAUUUGGAACAUGAAGCUUAAUGACUUGCCAGUGUUCUAGUGUUAAACUCUCAUACCUCUGUUACAAAAUGAGAAAUGCCACAACCUGGACUGGCCUUUUCCUUCCCCCUUCACGGCCCUCCCUCCUGACCACGGGAGUUCUGGGGCAAAACCUGUGUGUGUAUCCCAGUGUAUGACUUCAAAUCCUGCUCCGGCUUGCCAGGUGUGAGCUCAUGUUGGACACCUUCCUAUAAGCAAAUGUUGUUCAAUGCAUUCAAUGUAUAUUGACUUCCAUACUGGUUUUUCCAAAAACCAAAGGUAGCUUUGAAAAACCACGUUUGGAAAUGUUUGGAACGUUAAGCUGAUUGACCUUUUGGGGCUUUGAGUAGUAUAUAAUUGAAUUCAUAACUGCGUUAAUUGUAUUGUUAAAGUGUUUGGGAGUUUUUUGCGCUUGUUAUGUGGAAAUAAAGUGUUUGAUUUAAAAAA